AUGGUCGCCGGGGGGUCGAAAAAACGGCCGGACAGUGGGUUGGAAUCCGGUGUCACGGGGGGCGGCAAAGAGGCCAAGCAGCACGACCACCAGUUCCACGGCCAGCCACCCCCAGCAGGUAUUGUCGUCGAGCCGAAGUCCUGUCUCCAGAAAAUUUCGUGUGUCGAGGGCCGAAUUCACACUGUCAGUCAAUGCCUCAAAUCCAAACAGCGGAGGAGGCUUGUGUUUCGGGCGGUCUGUACUGCACCCAAGUGGGCUCGUUUUUCUCUAGGAAACAUCUCCCCAUAUUGACUUAUCUAUCAUUGUGAUUACUGCUUUCGGAUAAUAGACUAAUACGACAAUAGUCUCUUAAGUAUAGUCAACGUGCUGCGUUAGAUGCUCCUCCCUCACCUCAAAAUAUUUCAGUGGCAUAUUUUAAUAGCCAAAGAAGUUUGUGAUUGGACAUGACCUAAUCACAGAUCUGACCUGACUCUACCAUCCGCGCUCUGCUUUCGUGCUUUUGAUAGUCACUUCAGGAUGCCGAGGACUUAAUAUUCUGUGCUUGUUUAUCAUAUGUUUUGCUGGCGGUUCAUUCAGAUUAUCAUUUAAUCCCUUCCUGGACUUAGUUUCGUUCAUGUCCAUUUUUUCUUUCAAAGACAUUAUAAACACAGUUAACUUGUAGCGGUGUAGACGAAUUGUGAUAAGAUUUGAUGAUAGGAAGACUUGAUGCCAGUAGGUAACGAGGUUGUUGAUGUGCGCUCCAAAACACUGGUUAGAACCCCCAUGAUUGAGUUGCGACGCUUCUGGAUAUGUAUCCUACACCGGAACUGAAUUCCUUUCAAAAUGGAAUAUGUGCCAAACAUACAUGCCUUGAUUCCUUAUUUCGACAGGUGCAAAUAUCUGAAUUUCACCUUUUUAGAUGCUUUUUAAGUCUCAUACCAUCACUAACUCGCAUUCAGAAAUAUGUAUCCAUUUUUAUGGUAGUUUCUUUUCUUAUCCUCCUAUAUCACUAAUAGUCUACUUGAACGCCAGGGUUUUCAUUUGUAAAUAAACGAUAUGCUGUCUUCUCUUAGAAAACAACCACGUUUCUCACUUCUCCAUUGCCAUAGGUCUACUCGAAUCCGACUAUAGGCGCCUUUAUUUCGUAGACUCCGAAGAUAGUCAGUGUAGCCAGCUAUUGGAUCUCUUCUCUCCAAGAUUUCUCCUGAAACGUAGGUACCGACCUCCUACCCUGGAGCAGUGAUCAAAUGCUUGUUAAAACCUGCCAUUAGGAUCAAAGAGGAUCUGCAAUAGUUUUGUAAAGCUCAGGUUGUGCACUAUUUGUGUCUCCUGAAAAAAAGUCUUAUUGUCCAUUACCCGUGCAAAUCUAUGAGGUUGCUGCCACAACAUACCUAGGAUGUUGAGUGUCUCUCCACACCCUAGAAAUAGUUUUAAUUUUGCCCUGGAAAACAUCUCAUGGUCUACCAUUUCUGUUGUACUCUUGCUUAACCAUUCCCAUCCACAACCUGCCUUCCUUCUGUAUCAGCUUCCAUAGCCACUUCAUUAGGAAAGCCCAUUCCAGACUCUCAACCUAAUGAUGCAAAUUCCUCAAGUGUCUUUGUGCUGACAAUUCCGCCCCCCAAUUUGUUGUCAUGCCACCUUAGUUCCUGCUCCAUUACCAUGACAGAAAAUUUCUCUGCUAGAUUGUUUCUAUUUACUGUGCUGCUACUGUUGAUAUUCUGAAGAUAGAGAGAUGAUAAGUUGACAAGUUGCACGGUACACGGUUACUCAACGGAAGUCCCCCUUUUUAACAGAAUGCACAUUUUUUGACCAAUCCCGUUGGUGCACAAUGCCAGCGGUGAGGGUCAACAUGAUAUAAGAUGCAGAUAAUUUUCCCACCUCAUACCCUGGAAGAACUUCUGCCCCCUUCAUCUUCUCUCUGCAUUCAGGCUCACAAACAAAAUGGUGUCUUCCUUGGCGGAUUUGUUUUCGGUUUCAUAUGCAUUCUUGUAUUAAUUUCCUUGAUUGAUGAAGUUAAGCUUUCGAUGAUUCAUGGAUUAAUGUACAUAUUUAAUGCAAAAAUUGGAAAAAAAAUUGUUCCCUCGUUUGUUGGCAUUUUUGGUAUCUUUUUAUUGAGGUUCAAAUUUUCUGCUGCUGCUGAUGCCAUGAUUUACAUUUAUACACCAUGAUGACUUCCAUUCUAGCUUCCGAAAUAUCUGCUUUUGCAACUUUUUCACCCUAAAUCCAUUUACACAUAUAGAGCAGUAAACGUUUGAAAGGUAUCUCUGAUGCCAUCGGGUUGUGUGGGGGAGUUGCUGAUGCCUUGUGGCUGAACCCAGUAACUGGGAAAGGUUACAUAUUAGAAAUUUUGUGCAUUUGAGAAAUUGUUCUCCUUUUGGCUUUCAUACGAUAUCAUGUAGUUAUGCUUUAUGGUGGACUGUUAUGCAAUUGAUAGAGCUGUUGGAUUCAGAAAGUGAAGAAAUUGAGCUCAGCACGUCUGAGGGUGAAGACUCAUCGUGGGUCUCAUGGUUCUGUGGGCUAAGAGGCAACGAGCUCCUCUGUAAAGUUGACGAGGAUUAUAUUAAGGACGAUUUUAACUUAUGCGGACUUCAGGGGCAGGUUCCAUACUACGAUUAUGCCUUGGACAUGAUUUUGGAUAAUGAUUCAUUCAGUGGUACGUUUUGCAGAGUAAUUUGCCUCAAUCAAGUAAAAAUCUUGAUGCUAUUUGUUCUCAUAUUUGUAAGCAAUCGAGUAAUUCUGUUGCCUAGUAAAUUCUAUUGUGUUUUCCUUUUACCCAGGUGAGAUAAAUGGGGAAGAACUCGUUGAAGUUGAACAUGCCGCAGAGUUGCUGUACGGCCUCAUUCAUGCACGUUUUAUCCUCACAAUCAAAGGGCUAAAUUCCAUGGUAAGCUCUGUCGGAGCUGACUAUAGUGCUUUCUGAAUUCUUAUGCUCGUGGGUAAUCAUUCUCUUUAUUGACCUUUGCUUCAGCAUGUGAAGUACAAGAGGGCAGAUUUUGGACGGUGCCCUCGUGUUUUUUGUACAGGGCAGCCGUGCUUGCCAGUGGGUAUCUCUGACAGCCCCCGAAAUGGAUUGGUGAAGGUCUUUUGCCCAAAAUGUGAAGAUCUGUACCUCCCAAGGUGCAAGUACCAGAGUGGUAUCCUUCUUUCUGGUUCUCUUUCCUUUUCAUCAAGUAGUGACGAUUUUGCAGUAUAUUCUUGCUCCAUUGGUUUGCUCCACGUCAAUCUUCUUAUUUUAUAGCAUCAGUUUCAUCUUCUGGUUUCUGCCAUUUCCCCUUCCGAAACAGUUAUCAUGUUCGAAUGAUUCACACAUAUUUGGGUUGGUCAAAAAAUUCUAACUGUGGGGAGAAAAGAUUUAUGCAAUGCUUCCUCUAUGGUUCCAGGACAAGAGAAAUAUUAGGUUCUUACAUAUUGGAAAGCAUCAAGCGAGUGCUCCUCCUCUGUGCGUGUUCUUCCUUGACAUUUUGCUCCCUCCCCAGACAUGGAUGGCGCCUACGUGGGGACAACCUUUCCUCAUCUUUAUCUGAUGACCUUUCCUUCCAUAAAACCAGCCAAGCCUGCUCAGUGCCACGUCCCCAGGGUCUUUGGAUUCAAGCUCCACAAGAACUCCUCCAGGUGA